AUGACGAAGUUGAUACAACAGUUAAAUUUUAGUAGUAGUAUUAAUAACUACGCUUAUUACUACGAUGUUGAUGGUAUUGAGUCCAACAUUCUCGAAGAAAAGAACUAUUUUGGCGAUGGCGCUGUUUCUCGCUGUGCCUGGGCGCCGGGCCUCUGUGGUGGUCCUGAUAGCCCUGCUCACGGCUCGGCACCGCCCGGAGGGGUGAAUGGCGGGGCUGCGAGCCCCGCAACUCCAUCAACACCCACCCACGACGACAACAACCGUGACUUGUUGAGCGCCCUACUAUGGGCCAGCGCCAGUUCUUUGGCGAGCAGCGCGGAGAGUCUGGUCACCGAACCGUCAUCACCAACGCAAACGCACCCUGAACUACAACACCAGAGGCGUGAAGCGGUGAUCAGUAAGAUCUUGGACCGAAAGGACCGUCAACCAGUGAAGAUCGACUUCAAAAUAUAUCUAACUGAGAAUACAGUCACUCGCUGGGAAGCGGUCUUGCAAGGCGGCACCAUCUAUCUGCGCAUGCCGGGAGUACUGCAGUCGGGCAGCAAGGAGAGCUUCAUGCUUCUGCUGGACUUCGCAGAGGAACGUCUUGGCUGCACCAAUUGCAUUAUCUGCGUCUUGAAGUCCCGCCCAGAUCGCGCAACACUUCUCCGAACUUUUAUGUUCAUGGGAUUCCAACUUCUCCCACCCAACUCGCCUCUCAUGCCGCAAGAAAUCACCAACCCAGAGUACAUAUUCUUGCACUACAACAUGUAG